AUGGCCUCGAAAGCUUUCUUGAUUGCAAUUGCUGUUGUUAGUAUGAUUGUUGCACCAACAAUUGCAAUUGAGCAUUUGGUUGGGGAUGAUCAAGGUUGGAAGCUCAACUUUGACUACAAAGCAUGGGCUGAGAGCAAAGAGUUCCAUAUUGGAGAUAAGCUCAUUUUCAAGUACAAGGAAGGAGCACAUAAUGUGUUCAAAGCAGAUCUAAUAUCUUUCCAAGACUGUGCACCAACAACUACUACUACAUCCUUCCACACUGGAAAUGAUGUGAUUGAGCUGACAUCUCCCGGCAAGAAAUGGGCAGAGUACAUUGCCCUGAAAGCUAAGAACAUUCAAGAGAAAGAGGAGAAGCCAGAAGAAAUGUUUUCAUUACCAAAUCAGUUACAAGUAAAGCCCAGGCCUGCCAGUGUUCGCAAUUGCGAACCAUCCUUCGCAAAUGCGAAGUCAUCAGGGGAGGGCCAAUAUCGCAAUUCUGACAACUUGUUCGCAAUUGCGAGGUUAGCAGACAAUGCCCAGAUCCCGGUGCUAGAGCUUUUGAACCACAGUGAGGUUGCAGUCUUCAGUCCAUCAGGAGACCCGAGGGCCCAUUCUUCCAUGUUGUUUCAUUCAGCACUUGAGGCUUCUCACGGUGCUCUAGAUGGCCGUAAUUCUCAUAUGCAGUAUUCCGAUCAACUGCCCUAUAGUGCACCGCCAGAUCUUAUCAAUGCACCACCACUCUAG